AUUUUUUUUAUUAAAAACUACAUGCACAGAAAAAAUAAAAAACAAAACAUGUAUAUAAAAUAUUUAAAUACACAGAAUUAUACGCUUAUCACAGGUUUUAAAAUAUAAAACAGAAAUAGAAAACGGAACCGGAUUUCUUCUCUUGACACUCUAUUCAAAUAUUUUACAUAAAUUAAAACGUAAUAAAUCAUGAAAUUACUGGAGAGUUCUCGUUUUGAGGCAAUCAACAAUGCACUUUCUAUACAAACUAGCGGUAUCACAAUAUUUGGAUGCAUUGAAAGUUACUCCUGCAAAAUGGUAGCAGCUGAGAAGGUUUUAUAUAAAAGAUUUACUGCUGAGACGCAUGGACAUGAUCUUCAGGCAUUGUCACCACCACAAACACUGGUUGACUUUUCACCAAACUUACGUCGAAACAAUAGCCAGUCUGGAGAUGAAGGAAUAACUCUUUGUGAUACCAUAUCCAGAAAAACAUUGUUUUACUUAAUUGCAACUUUAAACGCUUCUUUUGAGCCCGAUUACGACUUUUCAGAGGCUAAGUCGCAUGAAUUCAUCAAGGAACCAUCAUUGCAGUGGGUUAUGAACUCAAUACAUUCAAAUCUAUCUGCGCUUGCAGGAGAUCAAUAUCAAAUUAUUCGCCAACCAUUAUGGUCUGGUGUUGACGAUGAAGUGAACUUAUCAGAAUGUGACAUAUAUAGCUAUAAUCCAGAUCUAAGUUCUGACCCUUUUGGGGAACCCGGAUGCGUGUGGUCAUUUAAUUAUUUCUUUUAUAAUAAGAAAUUAAAACGGAUUGUAUUUUUUACAAGUCGAGCUUUAAAUUCUCUUUAUGCUGGUGAAACCUCGGACUUCUCAAUGGAAGAGGACGUAUAUUAAGAGAAGCCCUAGGAAUUAGCAAAAUCAGUUUUCAGUUUAAAUAAAUAAAGUGUAUCGUAAUUGAACUAGAAUAUGAAUUA